ACGCCCCACAGUGGAGAGAUGAUGGUGUUCAUGUGCACUGUAUAGUGAAAAGGAUGUGUUUGUUUUGGUUAGCAUACCGAAGCCCUUUAUUUUAGUGAUGAAUAAUGAAGUAGGCACUCGUGAGUAAGGUGUCAUGACAAUCAUAGUGGACAGAACCGUCAUUGGGAAUUAGUAGGUGACUUCCGGUGAAAGAGGAAACGCCCACUGAAGCGAGAUAUCGUGGUGGUGAUAGAGAGCUAGCAAGAAGCCAUUACUAGCCGAGGAAACAAACGUUUAUUCGCGAUUUUUUUUUUUAUUUGUUUGAACACGGAGAGCAGUUUCACAUUAAAAUGCUGUUUAUCCAAACUCCCCGGACAUUUUAAAACUGACGUCCGUCGCGAUAAAGCAGAAUAAAAUAAGGACAGGAUGAAAGGUGGACCGGAGAAGGCGAUGUUUUUCCAAAGUUUUCCCCACGCUGAGGAGGAGGAGGAGGACGCGCUGAAAGAGGAGCAGGAAGAGAAAAGCGUCUCCGGCGAUCCGUUUGUUGUCGUGAAGCUGGAAGAUGAGAGAGACGGCGGACAGGAAGCGGAAAGGAGCGAGCGGUCAUCCGGCUGCAGCGGCUCGGCGCUGGGGAUCAGCCUGUUCGCCCCGCUCGACUCCUCGGAGGACGGGGAGGAAGAGAGACCGCAGCCGAUCACACGUCCCCCGGCCUGCUGGCCCUGUGCUCCGGGUCAGGAUGAAGAUUCCACUUCUCCUCAGAGACGCCCGAGAGGACGCAGGAAGCGGCUGAAGCGCACUCGCCCGAGACAGCAGAGUCGUCCUGCAGCUGUGUCCAGGAUGAAAAUGAUGGGAGAAACUGACGACACGGACGAGUCUCCAGACCACGCCCCUCCAGAGAAAUGCGCCAAAUCCACACUCUGGGACCUUCCCUCUUCCAAGAAGAAGGCUCGUUCCGGAAUCUGGGAAUACUUUGAGUAUUUUAUAAACCCCGAAGGCGAGCUGGAGAAUUACGGCUUCCCGACGUGUAAACUAUGCCAGCUGAAAGUGGCGUGUAAGAGAGGAAACACGUCCAACAUGCUACGCCACCUGCAAGAAAAUCAUGCCUUCGCCUACCGAGAAGCCAAGAGAGCAGAGGCCGUGUGGCUCGACUCGGACUCCUCUGAUUCGGACAUGAAGGUGGAGUUGAAUGAGCAGAACCUGACGGACAACUGGUGCGGUGUAGAGAAGCAGAGUGAAGACGAAAGCGAGGGCGAUGACGACGGUGAUGCAGAUUACAUUGACCACAGAGUUCCGGCCACUCCAAGGCGCAAAAGGCAGGUCCGAUCAGCCGUGUGGCAAUACUUCAAUUACGACGAGGACAGAAGGCCGAGCUGUAAGAUCUGUGGCUGGAAACUCACUGCAGGAUCUUCAGGCAGCACGAGCAACAUGAGGCAUCAUCUUCAGAGCCAGCAUCAGAUUGUGUGUCCGCUCAGUAAGUCUUCUGGUCUUGUUAUAACAUUACCUGAAGGAGACGAGCCGAUUAAACUGUACCCGCCCACAACACCUCGCAAAUCGGCUGUGUGGAAGCUCUUCGGCUUUGUCAUGAACCAUGAGGGUGUUCUGGAAGAGAACGGCUUCCCCAUCUGCAGGCUGUGCCAUCAAAUCGUCGCAUCCAAAGACGGAAACACCUCCAACAUGUACAGCCACCUGCAGCACCAUCACCAAGCCGUGUACGCAGAGCUGAAGCACGCGAUGGCUCCUGCAGGAGCAGAGCAGAGGCUGGACCUCUCAAACACCACAGAGCUCCAUCCUCCUGUCAAACGCAGAAACUCACCUGUUUGGAAAUAUUUCGGAUUUAUUAAAAACUCUGAGGGUGAUUUAAAGGAGGACGGAUUCCCACUGUGCAAAAUGUGCCAUCGGAGAGUGGCGGCUAAAGACGGAACCACGUCAAACAUGCUGAACCACCUGCGACGCCACCACCAGGCCGAGUAUGAAGAAGUGAAGCUGGCAAACGAAACAUUGCCUCUGAGCCGUUCAGAGGAAGGGAACGACCUGCCUGAGCUGUUUCCUCCCAGCAUCCUCCCGCUGUCCCCUGUCUGGGAUUACUUCGGCUACCCAAAAAACGCGGAUGGCGUGAUCGAGGAGAACGAACGGCCCAAGUGUAAAGCCUGCCGGCAGUCCAUCGUCUCCAAGCAGGGCAUUUUAUCCAACAUGCUACGCCACCUAAAAUUCUACCACGACUCGUUAUUUGAAGAGCUAAAGUCAAGAACCGGAUGGCGCAGGUACAGGCCUUAUAAGGAGAGAAGCCGAGCCCCACCCAUUCAGGCCAACCCGGACGAGCUGUACCCGCCCAAAAUGGCUCUGAAAUCAGGUGUCUGGAAACAUUUUGGCUAUCUGAGAAACUCUAAGGGCGUGGUCGUGCCAGACGGGUUCCCGAUCUGUAAACUGUGCCUGAGAAAGGUCAGCACACCAAGAGGAUGUACCACCAACAUGAUGGUUCACCUCCAAAGAUACCACACCACCGAGUUUGCAGAGAUGAGGCUGAGCGGUGACGAUAAUGAUGACCAAACUCCAAGACAGACAGGGGAUCCAGCCCCACUGUUGGACCUUUGCCCACCGCGAGAUGUCCUCGAGCCAGUGUGGGAGCAUUUCGGAUAUCCAAAAGAUGCAGACGGAGUCGUCCAGGUGGACGGACAGCCAACGUGUAAAAUCUGCCGAGUUAAAGUUUCCUGUCCAGGAGAAAGCACCAAAUUUCUGUACAGGCAUCUGUGGAAGAAACAUAACGCUGUGUACUUUGACCUCAAGGUGGCCACCAGUUCCUUAAGAGGAGAGGAUGGAAUCCUGGCUCCGGUCCUUUUCCCACCGACGCACAGGGUGAAAUCUGCCGUCUGGGAAUAUUUCGGCUACUUGAAGGACGCAGAGGGGACGGUGGUCUGCAACGGCUUUCCAAUCUGCAAAAUCUGCUACUUAAAUGUAGCAGCUAAAGGAGGAAACACCACCAACAUGUUCAAACACCUCAAAGAUCAUCAUAAGUCCAUCUACGAGGAAAUCAGACCAGCUGUUCCUGAGGAAAUCAUUCCAGAUCAUGCGUCUUCAAUUCUCCAUGCUCCAGUCGGCCAAAACUCCAAAUUUUGGGAAUAUUUCGGAUACCCUAAAAAUCCAGAUGGUGCCCUAAUAGAAGACGGAGCUCCAGCUUGUAAGAUUUGUGACCUGAAAUUGACGUCGGAAGGCGAGUCUACAUCCAACAUGAUGAAACACCUUCAGGAGAAUCACGAAGGAGUAUACGCUGAAGUACAGGAAGCGCUCAGUAACCCAAGGACUGAAGAUGCACCUGAGCUUCCAGAGCUUCAUCCGCCCACACAAAACACUUAUCCCGUUUGGGAUUAUUUUGGGUUCUUGAAGGACGCAGAAGGAUCGGUUGUGUUUGAUGGUUUCCCCAUCUGCAAACUGUGUCGCCAAAGAGUGGAGUCCAAAGACGGAGACACGAGAAACAUGUUCCACCACCUGAAGGCAAAUCAUCGUAACGUAUACCAGCAGAUCAAGCCAGCGGUUGAAAAAAGGGUCUAUAAGCCCUUUGAGCUCUGUCCACCGAACGGUCGGCAGAUUGACAUCAGAUUAUGGGAUCACUUUGGAUAUCCUAAAAACGCAGAGGGUGAGGUUGAAGAAGACGGUGCCCCGGUGUGUAAAAUCUGCCUUCAGAAGCUCACAACGUCCUCCAGAGGUGCAAACCUCACCACCAGCAUGCUGAGGCACCUCCGGAGGAACCACCAGUCCGUAUACGAGGAGGUUCAGGAGGCGAUUGGAGCCUGGAGACCUGAGUGGAAUAACGAAACCCUCGAGCUUUACCCACCGACGCAGAACGUCACGUCCUCCGUGUGGGAGCAUUUUGGAUACCUGAAGGAUGCAGAGGGGACAGUGGUGUGCGACGGCUUCCCCAUCUGUAAAAUAUGCCACCAGAAAGUGCCUUCUAAAGGAGGAAACACCACCAACAUGUUCAAACACCUCAAAGACAGUCACCGGAGUGUGUACAGUGAAAUCCGAUCCGCAGUGACUAACGAGGUGUUUGACGACGUUCGCACGGCAGCCGAUCUCCAUCCACCCAGCAGCCCGUGCGACCUGACGCUCUGGGAGCAUUUUGGAUACCGGAAAAAUGCAGACGGAGUUAUAGAAGAGGACGGAGCGCCGUUCUGUAAACUCUGCCUUCGGAAGUUAGUGUCCAGGGGAGAGACUAUGAGAAAUAUGAAGCAGCACCUCAAGGAAAACCACAACACUGUGUACACCGAACCUGAGGAAGUGCUGAGCUCAUUUGUCUUGGAACUGGACACAGGCACCUCUGACCUUCAUCCUCCAACACGGAAGGUGAAAUCAGCUGUGUGGAAGUUUUUCGGCUACCCGAGAGACGCGGCAGGGUUGGUUCUGACUGACGGCUUCCCCAUCUGCAAACUCUGCCAAAAGAAAGUGUCUGCUAAAGGAGGGAACACCACCAACAUGUUCACACACCUCAGAGAUUAUCAUCGGACAACGUAUAACGAGAUCAAGGCAACUUUUGAUCCUGUAAGGACUGAGAACGAGCUGGAACCUGUGGAGCUUCAUCUCCCGACAGCGGACGCACUGUCCCCAGUGUGGAAAUAUUUUGGAUACCCAAAAAAUGCAGAUGGUUCUGUGGUGUGUGACGGGUACCCUCUGUGCAGACUGUGUCAGCUGAAAGUGAUGGCUAAAGGAGGCAGUACGACAAACAUGCUCAUGCACCUGAGGGCCUACCACCUGGAUGUGUACAAGGAAGUCAAGCCAGCCAUUACUAAAAAGUCCAUCUACAGACCUUUCGAUCUCUAUCCACCGAGCGGUCAAGAUGACAUCAAGUUAUGGGAUCACUUUGGAUAUCAGAAAAGCACAGAUGGAGAGCUGAAGGAUGACGGAGCCCCAAUCUGUAAAAUCUGCCUUCGGAAAAUGAUCAAACCCCCGACAGGCGGGACGCCAACCACCAACAUGCUGAGGCACCUUCGGAAAAAACACCAGUCGGUGUAUAACGAAGUGCAGGAAGCGAUCACCACGCUUAGAACAGCAUGGGGUAUCGAACCACCGGAGCUCCAUCCACCAACUCAGAACGUCACGUCUGCAGUCUGGCAGUAUUUCGGCUACCUAAAAGAUGCUGACGGCUCGGUCGUGUGCGACGACUUCCCCAUCUGCAAACUGUGUCAACAGAAAGUGGCUUCAAAACGACGAUGCACUACAAACAUGUUUAAACAUUUGAAGGAUUACCACCGGACCAUCUACGACGAGGUCCGGAGUGCGGUUACGAGUGAGACGUUUGAAGAUCUUUCCCAGCCGACUGACCUCCAUCCACCUAGUGGCCAGUACAAUCCUAAACUGUGGGAGCAUUUUGGAUAUCGUAAAACGGCAGAGGGGAACCUUGUGGAAGAUGGAGCGCCAAUCUGUAAACUCUGCUUCCGAAAGCUGAUUUCUAAAGGCGAAACGACGGCAAAUAUGAUGCAACACCUUAAAGAGAACCACAAUACUGUCUACAACGAAGUACAAAGGGAAGUAAACCCAUUCACCAUUGGAGGAGCCACUGAACUUCCCGAGCUUUACCCACCCGAACACAGAGUGAGGUCGGGUGUCUGGAAACAUUUUGGCUACCUGAAGGACACUGAGGGUCCGGCUGACUGCGCAGGCUUCCCAAUCUGCAAAAUCUGCCUUUCAAAAGUGUCCAAUAAGGGAAAAGUCACAGCCAAUAUGACCGCACAUCUCAAAGAUCAUCAUAGAAGCAUCUACGAUGACCUUAAGAUACCAGACAGAAGGCCAAAAGUGGUGUUGGCUGAAAAUUUACCAGAACUUUAUCCACCAUCGAAACAGCCUCUGUCUCCAAUCUGGGAACAUUUUGGACUUCCCAAAAACGCUGACGGAGUCAUAGAAGAGGACGGAUGCCCAAUUUGCAGAAUCUGCGGCAAAAAGGUUUCAAGCCAAGACGGAAGAAAAAUGAUAAGACAUCUGCAUUUCUGCCAUUUCUCCGUGUAUGAAGAGUUAAAGAAAGCAAUUAGAGCUUCAAAGUUGGGAGUGGAUGCAGGAGGCCAACCCACUGACCUUCACCCUCCUUCGAAGAGCGUCCGCUCCUCUGUCUGGGAAUAUUUCGGAUACCUGAAGAAUCCAGAUGGAACGAUUAACGUGGACGGGCGCCCGAUCUGCAAGCUGUGCUUCCAUAAAGUGUCCAGUCAUGGAGGAAACACGACGAACAUGUUCAAGCACCUGGAGGACAAACACGGGCUGAGUCAAUAGCAGACGAGCUGAUAUAGGUGGAUAAAUGUGUGUAGAGGGAAGAACUGUUUCAUGAAACAGAGUAAAAAAAAAAAAACCUGGGAUGCAUGUAAACCUUGUGGAUAACAGGAAUAUGUUUUCAGUUAAUAAUUAGCACUGGAGGAUUACAUGACUUGUUAAAGGAGGAUCAGAAAGAAAAAGAACAAUCUCGUGCACGUGCUAAUGAUCUUGUGCGUGGUUUUAAAUCCCUUUUACCUCAUAUUCAUUCCAGAAAAUAAAAACAACCCUAGUCUAGUUCAGGUCACGUGUUCUGUACGGCUCAAGAGGUAGUAUUAAUACUCUGAGGUAAUGUCACAUAAAAGAAAAAAAAAACAAAAAAAAUCUAGUCUGUAGUAGUUCAAUCACACGUCAGAAAUGAAUGUGUAGGCAGAUUGUUCUGUUCCCUUUUGCCUUCUGUCCUUUUAAUCCAAAACUUCCCACCAAUGGAUUCACUGACUGACUGACUGACUGACUAUUACAGUUAAAACUUUAGAAAACCUACAACUUUGGACACCGAUGUAAUUCUGACAUGGAGAUUUGGGACUGCAGCUGACACCAGGACUUUACAGUGGACAUUAACGUUGUACAUCUCCAUCUUUAGUCAUGUUUCCCUGCACACCGAAAGUCUGAUGUUAGCGUAAGAGAGUUAGAUCAACUUACAGACGACAUUUAAACAGCAUUUUGUAGCACUAACUUCAACAAACUAGUGCAACAUCAAGAUGGAGGACUUUGAGGAUUGGUUGGUAGGAGACGUGAUGUAAAAACUUACUGUUUUCAAAAAAAAAAAGGUAAUGAAUUGAUGAUGGGAGAGGAGAAAACACCAAGAUCUGGAGGUUUGCAUGAAUAAAUGCAAUAUGAAAUGAA